UUUAAAAUAGUUCACUCCUUUUAAAUGAACUACUUUAUUCUUAGUUUUUAUUUAUGAAAUAUUAUCAAUUGAACAAAAUUCAUAUAAUGUGAAAAUUGAGACAACAUAAUUGUAUUGGAUCUUAAUUGAGUCCAUACAAUAACGUGCAUUAUAUUGUGUUCAAUUUAAAUUCUAGUGAAAAUUGUCAAACCCAGAAUUGUCCGAUGAAAUGCUAGAACACAACGUAGUCACAUGGACUUCAAAGAUCUUGGCCAACGCACGCAAGGGCUUCAAUGACAAAGCUUUGAAUUGCUUCAUACAAAUGCUCAGAGAUGGGUUCGAUCCCAAUGCAGCCACAUUUUCAACCACCAUAACCGUCUGUGGCCAAUCACUGAGACCCAGUUUCGGAACAAGCAUUCACUGUUUGAUUCUAAAGAAAGGGUUCACGCAACAACUCUUUGUUGCAAGUGGGUUGGUUACAAUGUACUCAAAACACGACUGUAUAACUGAAGCUCGUCGAGUGUUCGAUGAAAUGCCUGUGAGGGACGCGGUCUCUUGGAAUUCGAUGAUUGCGGGCUAUUCACAAUUGGGUUUGAACAGGGAAGCUUGUAGUUUGUUUUAUCAAAUGAUUAGAGAUUGUGAUACCUUGGAAUCAUUUGUGAAUAAUUUUAGUAUAGCUAGUGUUCUUAAGGCUUGUGGUGGUAUGGGUUCGAUUAGAACUGGAAAAAGUGUGCAUUGCUAUGCCAUGAAAUUUGGGUUCCAUUUAGAUACUUUUGUUUGUGGGUCAGUCAUUGAUAUGUAUGCUAAAUGUGGCUGUUUAAAUAAUGCACAGCGUGUUUUUGAUCGGAUGGAAAAUCGUGAUCUUGUAGUUUGGAACACAAUGAUCACUGGGUAUGCUCAAAAUGAUUACGAAGAGGAAGCACUUGAGUUGUUUUAUCAGAUGCUAUACAAAGGUUUUUAUCCUAAUGAGACCUCAUAUUCUUCAGUUUUGAAAGCAUCAGCCGCGAUGUCAGAUUUGGCAGUGGGUAGAUGCUUCCAUGCUAACACCCUGAAACAUGGUUUUUUAUCAGAUGUUUAUGUGGGGACUGCUCUUGUUGACAUGUACUCAAAAUGUAUGGACAUGAAAAAUGCAGAAAGAGCUUUUCUUGAGAUGAAGAAGAGGAAUUUGGUUACUUAUAAUGUUCUUAUCACGGGUUACAGUUUGACUAGUUUGUAUGGGAAAGCAUUAAAAACUUACUUGGAGUUGCAAACUGAAGGCAUGAAACCUGACUCUUUUACAUUCAUAGGCCUUUUCUCCUCUUGCAGCACAUCGGAUGCUGUUGCUGAAGGAGCUCAAGUUCAUUCUCACUCAAUCAUGCUUGGUUUGGAUUCGGAUGUCUCUGUUGGGAACUCAAUAGUGAACUUCUAUUCUAAAUGUGGCCUCAUUGAAUGUGCACUGAAAGCUUUUGAGUCGAUAUAUACACCUAAUGCUAUAUCUUGGGCAGGCAUUAUCUCGGGUUUUGUGCAUAAUGGUAUGGAAGAUAGAGCAGUUGAGCAAUUCUGUAAAAUGCACAAGUUGUUUCAUAAAACAGAUGAAUUCUCUUCUUCUAGUGCUCUAAAAGCAGUUGCAAGUUGGGUUGCUAUUGAACAGGGAAAGCCCUUACAUGCUCAUGUGAUAAAAUCAGGGUUUGAAUGCACAGUUUAUGUGGGAAGUGCACUGAUUGACAUGUAUGCCAAAUGUGGGAUGGUCAAAGAUGCUUGUAAGCUGUUUUUGAAGAUGCAUGAGAAGAAUGUAGUCUCUUGGAAUUCAAUGAUAAUGGGUUAUGCACAAAAUGGUUCAUUCAAGGAAGCAAUGCUCCUAUUUCAGGAGAUGAUAGACUCUGGAAUUUUGCCUACAUCAGUGACAUUUGUUGGGGUUCUAUUUGCUUGUAGCCAUGCUGGUUUAGUGGAAGAAGGGAGAAACUUCUACAAAUUGAUGGUUUAUAACUACGGAAUUCCACCUUCAGUGGAACACUGUGCUUGUAUGGUGGACCUCCUUGGCCGUGCUGGUUAUCUUGAGGAGGCAGAAACCUUUCUUCUUGAUUCUCCAUUCCGAGAAGAACCCGGAAUUUGGGGGCCUCUUCUUGCAGCUUGUGGAGUAUAUAAUAAUUCAGAUGUGGGUUCCCGAGCUGCUCAGCACUGCCUAUGGUUAGAGCCUCGACAUUCCUCCACGUAUACCCUUUUGUCCAAUAUAUAUGCAUCUAGCAAAUUGUGGAACAAUGUCACAAGAAUAAGGGAUUUGAUGAAGGAGAAGGGGGUUGAAAAGGAACCAGGGUUCAGCUGCUUGAGGUUAGGAACAGAAUAAACGUGUUUGGUACACUUUUCCUACAUGUUUGGGACUUUUGAGAACUUUCAAAGCAAUAGAAGCAUAAUGGAUGAUUUAAAAUUUUGGUUAUUGACAGCACGCAAUAAAGACAGAAGUAUGACCUCAAUAUAUAAGUGGUUGACUUGGCGUGCAAUGAAGAUCUAAUCACAGCACAGGCUGUUUUCCUCAGCCAUGCCGUCUUCACUAACAUAAGCCGACAAAUUCAAGUAUGGCUCCUGAUCUGUCCUGUUUCUCCAUCUUGCUCUGCAAAUCACGCAUGUAGCUGACCGUCU